GCUCCGGUCGGUGCGUGUCAACUGAGCCUCUGAGAGAGAGAGAGAGAGAGAGAGAGAGAGAGAGAGAGAGAGAGAGAGAGAUAUCCUCCUUGGCACACACUCGUCAGUGUGGCAGUGUGAUUUUGACUGACUGACAGGGGAUUCUGGAGGAAACACACAGGAAAGGGACGACACACACUCCGGUUUGAUUUUUUUUUUUCUGUCAUCGUUGUCACGGCAGAUGGUUUUCUAGCUGUGCCGCCUCUAUUUACCUCAGCAUCGGAUUUUGCUUUAUUUCUCCUGUCCUUGAUUGGCUGAACCCGAGCUGAACCCAGUCAACCUGGGCCGGGCUGUGGGGCUGUUCAGCGAGCCAUAUAGCUGAAGUUGGCACCCGAGAUGAGCGCCUGGAGACCCGGGAGCGGGGCUCUCUCUUCGCCAGGGACAGGGUCUUGGUCGUGGCGGUGCUGGUGGUGGUGGGUUGUGGUAAUCGGUGUGUCAGUGGGCUCUGGAGAUCCGUGGAUGUCCGCGGAGGCAUGCCCGUCGUUUUGUUCUUGCAGCAGCACCAGGAUCUCCUGCGUGGACCCGGAGAGGGGUAUCAAUGCUUUCCCCGUCCUGCAGAGCGAGGCGGAGAUGGAGAACAUCACCGAAAUUUACAUCGCCAACCAGGGCAGCUUCUCCUCCAUCAACGACAAAGACCUGCACUACUACAAGAAUCUCAGGAACCUAACGGUGACCAACAGCAGGCUAACAUACGUUUCAAAGCUGGCCUUUCAAAACAAUAUCAAGAUACAGUACCUGAAUCUGAAAGAUAACAACCUGUCAUCGCUGUCCUGGAGGAUAUUCAAACACCUUAACAUCUCUUAUCUGAUCCUGACAGGGAAUCCUCUGCACUGCUCCUGUGAGAACAUGUGGAUCAAGCUGUUGUUAGGAGAGGAAGCAGACACUCAGGAGCUGCGCUGCAUUGAGGACGGAGGAGGACGCAAGCUGCUGUCCAGACUGACACUACCUAACUGUGAGGUUCCCAUGGCAACGUUGACCCCAUCCAAAGUGAGACUAAGGGAGGGGAAGAACAUGGAUCUGUCCUGUACGACCUCUGGGGUGCCCUCACCUGAGCUGAUAUGGAACAUGGUGUUGGUCUCCAACUAUGAGAUUGAGACAUCGGGCCAGAUUUCGUGGCUUCGACUGUCCAACCUGUCGUCGCUGGACCACAACAGCAAGAUCAGCUGCACAGCUGAGAACAUUGUUGGAGAGAAAGAGUCCUCGCUGCUGCUGGAUAUACUCUUUCCUCCCAAAAUCACUAAACUGAGUGAUGCAAUCCCUGACCAUCACUGGUGCAUCCCCUUCAGCGUGGCAGGAAACCCGGCGCCGCACCUACAAUGGUUUCUGGAUGGUGAAGCGGUGACUGAGGGGGCCUACAUCAUGACCAUGAUCCAUGACGUCACAGAGAGAGAGUACCACGGCUGCCUGCAGCUAGACAGCCCCACACACCUUAACAAUGGGCGCUACACGCUAUUGGCUGAAAACGAAUACGGAACAGACCAAAAGGACGUUGAGGCUCACUUCAUGGGCAAGCCCUGGGAUGUGGCUGAGCCUUACUAUUAUGAGGGCCCCACUGUAGACCCUCCUGAAGACAGAGUCGCUGUUUACGUGGUGGUGGGCAUUGCUGCGGUCGCCUUCACUGGUUUCCUUCUAAUGUUGGUUAUUCUCAAGUUUGGAGGAAACUCUAAGUUUGGCAUCAAAGGACCAUCUUCGGUGAUCAGUAACGACGAUCACUCGGCCUCUCCUCUUCACCACGUCUCCAAUGGCAGCAACACUCCUUCAUCCUCAGAGAUGGGCCCUGACGCGGUAAUCAUUGGCAUGACCAAGAUCCCAGUGAUAGAAAACCCUCAGUACUUCAGGAGCACAAACAGCCUGCUCAAAACUGACACAUUCGUCCAGCAUAUCAAGAGACACAACAUUGUGUUGAAGAGAGAGCUAGGAGAAGGAGCCUUCGGAAAAGUCUUCCUGGCUGAGUGUUACAACCUGUCACCUGACCACGAGAAGAUAUUGGUGGCUGUCAAGACACUUAAAGAGGCCAGUGAAAAUGCCAGGAAGGAUUUCCACCGUGAGGCUGAGCUGCUGACCAACCUUCAACAUUUACACAUUGUCACUUUCUAUGGAGUCUGUGUGGAGAGCGACCCUCUCAUCAUGGUAUUUGAGUACAUGAAACAUGGAGACCUCAACAAGUUCCUCAGGGCUCACGGUCCGGAUGCAGUUCUGAUGGCAGAGGGUCAGACCACCAGACCUGUGGAGCUGACCCAGUCUCAGAUGCUGCACAUCGCCCAGCAGAUAGCAUCUGGCAUGGUCUACCUGGCAUCACAGCACUUUGUGCACCGCGACCUGGCCACCAGGAACUGCCUGGUGGGCGAGAACCUGCUGGUAAAGAUUGGAGACUUUGGCAUGUCGAGAGACGUCUACAGCACUGACUACUACAGGGUCGGAGGUCACACCAUGUUACCAAUCCGUUGGAUGCCCCCUGAAAGCAUCAUGUACAGAAAGUUCACCACAGAAAGUGAUGUUUGGAGUCUCGGUGUUGUUCUCUGGGAGAUCUUCACAUAUGGAAAACAGCCUUGGUACCAGCUCUCCAAUAAUGAGGUGAUAGAGUGUAUAACCCAGGGCAGGGUGCUGCAGCGCCCCAGGACCUGUCCAAAAGAAGUAUAUGACCUGAUGCUGGGCUGCUGGCAGCGAGAGCCGCACAUGAGACUCAACAUCAAAGAAAUCCACUGUCUGCUCCUCAAUCUGGCCAAAGCCUCACCUGUAUACCUGGAUAUACUGGGCUGA